UCCAUCAUUGCUGUGGCAAGGCCGGUCGACGACAGCAUUGACCCCUAUAGUUGCUUGCUCGCGUAACGCUGGAGACAAGGGAAAUGGCCACGGUGAAACCCCUUCACUACCGGAAUGCUCGCGAAAGAGGGUGCAGGGGAAGAUGACAGGAGGAGCGGAUGGGGACGUAGGGCCGUCAAAGAGGCCAAAGCGUGCUGCUGCUGCUACUGCUGUUGGUGCUACUCGUCUGACUACCGCUAGGCGUGUGUCAAGGAAGACCGCCAUCGCAGGUGAUGAAGAAGAGGAGCAAGCCGACGCGGACGCAGGGGAGGAAUGCGGCCACGGCAACGCGGUAGACGAUCAAGAGGAGGAGGGCGACGAGGACGAAGAAGGCGGGGGGAGCGGCCACGGAUUUCUUCCUGCUCUUCUCAAUGCGCGGAAGGAUAAGAGCAAGACGUGUUACUCGGAUGAAGUUUGGGAGGAGAUGGUUCACCACUUCCAAGGCGAAACUGUGACGAGGUUUAGAACCUUCCAGAAGAAGUUUUUCCAAGAGGGCGUCAAAUUCCCGUACAAUCUUGUGAAGCCAAACGAGAAGGGGGAGUUUCCUGAUAUAUUCUACACAAGAGUUAAGGACAGCUCUGAUUCCGCGUACAACGGGCAGUGGGUUUUAGGAUGGCUCAAGGAGGGAAAGACGCAACUUUCUUUUAAUGUCAUAGCCGCGUCGAAAGCCUGCCGCAAAGUGGAGACGCUGCUCAAGAACAAGAAGGGCUUAGGCUUCAUAGUCAGCGAUUCACGCGAGAUCUACCGCUUCAAACCCGUCAAGUUGGUGACCAAGGGCAUGAGAAAGCGAACGUAG